UGCUACAGAAGCAACAGUUAGGUUUGUGUUCUAGGUCUCGGCUACUGUAUCUCGGCGCUCGCAAUACAACUGUCAUUGCCUUGUGUAUAUACUACAUACAACGCUUAGAAGCCGUCAUGUCUGUGUUCCUGUGGUGCAGCCAGCUGCCGAAUGUUCUGGGAAACCAUUCAGGAAAUUCCUUACUUGGCUGGGCCAGAAGCGUGAAAGCUGUCGAGGGCGUGCUCUACGAACUGCAGAGCAUCAUUUCGCACCUACCACAUGGGCACGUGUGUCACCGUGCUUAUCUGGAAUGGCGAGCUGCCUCCUCACCUGCUCCUCGAGCGGCCACUUGCAACCUCACUGCCGGAGACGCUAGGAGAGGCACGUGUGUCACCGUGCUCAUGUGGAAUGGCGAGCUGUCUCCUCACCUGCUUCUUGAGCGGCCACUUGGGACCUCACUGCCGGAGAUGACAGCAGGGAUUCGCAUCGACGACAUAAAGUUACGGGAGAGCAGUUGGCAAGCAGACGACAAGGAGUCGACCGUUGCCUUCAGUGCUUAGUUCAACUCUCGCUCUGUCGGAGCUGUUGGAACACCUAGAAAUCCUACCAAUCUUGUUGACUGCCCCGAACAGUGCAGAGGGAUCCAUAAUACAUGAAUGCGUGCUCUCAUGCCUUACAGAAAAUGUAGGGCUGAUGGCUUCCUGCCUUGGCUCAGUCUUGCCACAGCUGCUGCAGCUGGCAAUGUCAUCAUUUUCAAUGGAGGUCCGCCAGUCUGCUCCUGAAUGCUUGCUCAGACUUUCCAGCAUCGAGGAAGACAUGUUGCUGCCCUACCGGCAGGAGGUGUUAACAGGCCUGACACAGUGCUUGGCAGAUCGCAAUUGCAUUGUUUGCUAAGUGGCAGCUGGAGCAUUGUCUGUGUGCAGGAUCUUGCCGACGCUGCCUUGCUGGUGUGGCUUCUUGUUACCGUACAGCAGGACCUUGGCGGCGACGUCGCGCAGCUUCUUGGCGCGCUUCUGCUUCGCGCGAUCUCACUUCAGGGUCCUGUCUGCGAGCGCGCGCCGACGGCAACGAGC